AUGUCAUACGACGACGACGAAGCCCUUUUCGAAGACAUCUACGGUGAAGAUGAAACUCCAGUUACUGAAUCCAAGAAGGAUGAAAAGAAGGAUGAAGUGAAGGAAAGUUCCACCAGUGAAGAAGUGAAGGCCAGUAGUGAAGAAGGCAACACCAAGCCAGAAGUUAGUGCCGGUGAAUCCAAAGGUACUGAAGAAAGCUCUACUGGAUCCGCUAUUGGUUCUGCCAGUGGUACUCCAGCUGCAUCUUCAGCAACCACCGAGUCUACUUACCAACAAGCACCACUCCCACCUCCAGCACAAGCACCAGUGCAAAUCGACUACAGCCAACAACAACAACAGCAUGGUUCUUACCCUCCUCCACAACAACAGCAACAACCUCCCCAACAAUACCAAUACCAACAACAACCUCCACAACCCCCACAACAACAAUACCAAUACCAGCAACAACCUCCACAACCCCCACAACCCCCACAACAACCAAUGCCACCUUCCAACAUGGGAAGAGAGCACGGUAAGAUGUUUAUUGGUGGUCUUAACUGGGACACAACCGAACAGGGUCUUAAAGAGUAUUUCUCUAAGUUUGGUGAAGUUGUAGACUUUACUAUUAUGAGAGAUAAUGCCACUGGUAAGUCUCGUGGGUUUGGUUUCUUGACAUUUAGAGACCCUUCUUCCGUUGACGAAGUUAUCAAGACCGACCAUGUGUUGGACGGUAAGUUGAUUGACCCUAAGAGGGCCAUUGCCAGAGAUGAGCAGGACAAGGUUGGGAAGAUCUUUGUAGGUGGUAUUGAUCCAAUGGUGAAUGAAAAGGAUUUUAACGACUUUUUCUCUCAAUUCGGUAGUAUCAUUGACGCUCAAUUGAUGAUUGACAAGGAUACUGGUAGAUCUAGAGGGUUUGGAUUUAUUACUUACGACUCUCCUGAAGCCGUUGAUAGAGUUACCGUCAACAAAUACUUGACUUUGAAGGGUAAGUCCAUGGAAGUUAAGCGUGCUGAGCCAAGAGGUCAACACCAACAAAACCUGUACCAACCUCAAAAUCAAUACGGGAACUAUAAUGCUCAAUACGGACAACCAUACCAACAACAACAAAACUUUGGUACCAAUGGUAUGUCUCCAGAUAUGAUGCAAGAGUACUGGCAAAGAAUGCAGCAAUGGUAUAUGUACCAACAACAAGCUGCAGCUGGUGGCCAAACCGAAGAUGGCCAACAACCAGGUGAGCUUCCUCAACAACCUUUGAACCCACAGGAACAAAAUGAAGAUCGUUCAGCUCCUCCACCUCCACCACCUCCUCAAUAUCAACAAGAUGGUCAACAAUCCCAAUAUGACAGGGAUAGCUCUUAUCCUAGUGGACCAAAGAGAAUGCCUCCACGAGGUCCAAGAGGCCCAAGAGGCCCACCACCAUCUGGUCCAUCUGGUGGAUCGCGCGGAAGAGGUGGAUACCGUGGUAGAGAUAGAGACAGAGGUGGAUACCACCCAUACUCUAAAAGAAGAUAGUCAACCAAACCAACAAAAAAAACACACAAACAUAUAUAAAUAUAAUAAAACUGAUUAUUUCUACAAAACAUUUAUCGUAGGUCAAAAUUGACUUAAAUAUUUAUACUCUAUCAUACCAU